GGAAGGUUACUGUUCCUCUGCAGAGCCCAAGCCUCUCACUUUUUCUUCCAUGGCAUUCAAAAUGAACUUGCUCAUAUUCAUCUCACUCUUGGCUUUCUCAGUUGGCUCCAAGCUUUCAUAUUCAGACAACGCAGCGGUGCCGGAGUUCACAUUCAGUUGGCUGGACGAUAAAGACACAUAUCAAGCCGGCGAAAUCGCCACCAUAAGCAUCAGAGCACUAAACAACUUUGACAAGCUUGACAAGAAUGCGUUCAAGCCCACUCUUACAGUAGAUGGAAAGAUUGGGAAUAGCUCUGUAGUAUCUGGGGUUCUUUCAGAUUUUGAAGGAGACCCUACUAGUUGGAAGCUUUUCUUUACUACAAUAACAGCCGGGUUGUUUAACGUGUUGAUCAAUGAGGACCACUACAAAGUGUUUGAUUCAUCUCUGCAUUUCCAAGUUCAUCCAGGGAAAAUAUACCCAUCUGUCUGUGUUGCUUCGUGGAUGGGUUUCGUCCACGAGUUUGAAGCUGGUGCUCAAGCUAGAGUACAGAUACUUCCGAAGGAUGCAUUUGGGAAUAAGAUCAAUGAAACCAGUGAAGAUCCAAGGGUACAUAAUUUUACAGUGUCUGUAUUUCAUGCAAAUGAUUCCACAAGCAUACCGAACAUCACCCACUUUGGUUGGAACCAAUUUGGUUAUAUCAUCAUGGAAUUCAUUGUGGUAAAAGCUGGAGACCUCUUGUUGCAUGUGGAAGGUGGUAAUCAGAGCUUAAAUGGCUGUCCACUACCCUUUAAGGUGAACCCAGGACCUCUUGAAGUUUCCAAUUGUGUGGUGAAAUGGGAUUUUGAACCAAAUGCAUGGCAAUUAUAUUCCAAGAUGGAAAUCUUUAUAUACCAGCAAGAUCAAUAUGGUAACCUUGUUCCAGGACUCUAUGAAUUUGAUGCUGAAGUUGUUGAGACAGAGACGAAUUUGUCAAUACCUGUUCCAGAUUUGCACUUUGAAGAAGUGGCAGCUGGAAUUCAGCUGUUUUCUUUUACUAAUCUGGAACCAGGCAACUUUUUGCUGACUAUAUCAGAUAUGAAGCAUGAUAAAAGCAUCUCUAAUAUGCCAUAUGCUUAUACCGUCUUUGUUGGCUAUUGCAAUGGGAUAAACAGUGUUGUUAAUGGAACUGGUUUAAAUAGCUCCGCGGCAGGAGAAAGAUCAGAAUUUUCAGUUUAUUUGAAUGAUGCUUAUCAAAAUCCCUCUCCAGUUGAAAUCGAAAGGCUUGAAAUACAAAUUGUAAGGGAAAUUGACUCCUACCAUGUGCAGUCGAGCAUAUUUCCUAUCCAGAUCAUCAAUGGGAGUGGACCUGCACAAGGAAUAAGAUAUGGUACAACCAGCCAAAUAGAAUUUGCUCCUUCACCAUCUAUGACCUUGACAAAUUCUACUGUCGGGAGCUUCAGUACUCUGGCAAUAGCUCUCAAUGUGGUAUAUACACCUGACAAGAGUGGGAUUUAUAAAAUUUAUGUGUUUUGUGGAAAUAUUUUGCUGAAUGGAGGCCGUCCCUUUGAUAAGGAAGUUAUAGCAGGGAGUGUUGAUCCAUCAUGCUCAACAGUUGUCAAAUUUUCUCCCAAGGUGGCAAGGACGAUUAAUAAUGAAGUAGUAGUGAAGCUCGGGGAUUCAUUUUUCAAUCCCGUCUUGUCACAACAAUCUGGGCUGAAACUAGAGAUUGUUUCUGUAAACAGUUCUGGCUUUUCAAGUUCCUUGUUUGUGGACAAUAAUGAUGGGUCAUACACUGUACAAUAUCUGGCUAAGGAGGUUGGAACUUAUGAGAUGUGUGCUUCAUUUGAUGGCAAACGUAUUUCUGCCUGCCCCUUUGGGGUCAAUGUCUACAGUAGCGAAUAUUUUCCCAGAGCCGAAAAUGAUACAAUUUCUGUGUGGGAGGAUGAGUCAAUUGCUUUUGAUGUUUUGGCCAAUGACUACUUUGCUGGAAAUAAUGCUAGUGUUGUUGAGUUCUCCAAGCCAGGUCAUGGUUCCCUUAUUGAGUAUGGAAGGCUCCUCCGGUAUACACCUUAUAAAGACUAUUAUGGAAAUGAUUCCUUUGUGUACACAAUGUCUGAUAUAAACGGCAAUCUUGCUACUGCUUUUGUAAACAUAUCUGUUCUCACCAUCCCACCACAAUUUGUUUCAUUUCCAAGUGAAUUGCAAGCUACUGAAGGCGAGAUUAAUCCAAAAUUUGGUGGUUUCUCUGGGUUUAUGAUAAGAUAUUCCGACAUGAUGGAGAACAUCUCUGUUAAUCUUAGUGCGCAAUCUGGGACAGUAUUUCUGUCUCCGAUGCUAAUGCAAUUCUGGGAGCCCAUUUGGAAUGGACUUUCUGUGUACAAAGAGGAUGGAGGAGUGAAGGGGUUGAUAUUACAAGGCAGUGUGGAAGUAAUCAAUUUUGCCCUUAAGUCAAUACAGUACUAUGGUAACGAGAACUUCUGUGGCUAUGAUACUAUUCGGCUCACUACGAGGAAUAGGAAUGGAGUAAAUGACUUGCAUAUUCCAGUUUUUGUGGAACCUAUCAAUGAUCCUCCCUUUAUUCAUGCACCUGAGUUUAUCAUUCUGAAAAGUAAUGAAAAUGGGUCACUGAUAUAUGACAGAGAAACAGACAAGUUUGAGUUCUAUAUUGGAGACCCAGAUCUUCUUGCGUUCCCUGGUAAUGAAUCCCUUUUUUCGGUCAUCUUCUCUAUGGAAGUUAAUGAUGGAUAUUUGGUAACCAGCCUACCAGCUGAGCUCAUCACUACAAUAGAAGUGAAGACUAAGAAUAGCUACCAGUGGCUACCACUUCAGACAUAUGUUACCAUCUCAAAGCAUUUCACGGUCAAAGCUAAGGGAAUUAGAUUUUAUGCAACAGUUAAUGAAUGCAAUACUGCCAUGCAACAGCUGUUUUAUCAUGGUGGAGAGCAAGAUGCCAUUUUGACAGUGACAUUGAAUGACCUGGGAAACUAUGGCUGUUAUUGUAACUGUUCCGAAAAGAUAUCAGUGCCCUUACUUGCUGAGGCUUCUGUUAAUCUAAUAAGAAGAAGGCAAAUGAGUUCACUUGUGUCUCGUGGCUUAGGAUCAGCUAUUGUCAUCGAGUCCAUUAUAGUGUUUUCACUGGGAGCAGCACUAAUGUUUUUCACAUGCAAAUGUGCAACUAUCCUUGUAAAUGAAAGAAGAACCAGAGCUACCAAGACUCCAGCUGACCCAGCAAGUGCACAUAGUUUGGGCAAAGGAACUUCGGGUAAAAGUUUACCAGAGAACGCAACUCACCUUACUGCGUCUUGUUCAAGUCCCCUGCUUGGCAGCCAACGUCCCAACUUUCGACAACGGUCCUGCCGUCAAUCUGGAAAUAGGGAAUCAAGCAAGGCAGCAUAUACGGCUAGUGGUGAACGCAUUCAGCAGAAUCUUGCGCCUAGUUUUAAGCCCUUUUGUGUUGAGAAGGAAUAAAGUGCAACUGUGUGAGAGUUUAUUGACACUGUUAUGUAUUGUUGAAAUUACUCGAUGCAAGACCCUGACUAACCUUUCUGGUCAUCAGCUUGUAACAUAAUGGUGUGGUAUUUACUAUUUGUGCCUAUAAACACUUGCACAUGUAGAAAAGGAAAGU